AUGUGGACAGGAUCAGGACAGAGAGGAAGAAGGCACGACAGACAAAGAACAAAUACGGUGGCGUCGAAGGAGGCGCUGGGAUGGGCUUCAGUAGCUCAUCGGGCAGAUAUGGAGGCUUUGGCAGCGAAAGCGCUGGUUACGGAGGGGGUAGCGCAACUUUUGGCGGCAGCUCAAGAGCAGUAUACGGCGAUGGAGGUGGUUUCGGUGGCGAAGCGAGCACCGAAGAGUACGAUGAAGGUCCAGGCCGAACACGUGCUGAUAAGUUCGACGAGUACGACGAGUAUGACGAUGGCGGCGCACAGGCUCGACCAGCCAGGCGGAAAGGCGAUGUCGCGGCGAAACGAGCAGCACCAAAGAAAGCAGCAGCCCCUCCGAAGCCCAAAGAACCAGAGGUCGACCUCUUCGAUUUCGGGGAUGAGCCGGCCACGACAAUCACAGCGCCGUCGAAUGGUGCAGCAAGCUCGGCGGCCGUUCUGGCACCACCAUCGUCUCAGCCCGCUCAGCCAACAGACGAUGACGAUGAUUUCGACGACUUCCAAUCUGCCACUCCAGCUGCUCCCUCUGCACCCGCGAAGACUGUGCCGAGCAUUCCUGCACCGAACUACAGUUCUUUCUCUACUGCCGCUCCGACUACCACCACACAGUACGCGCAGCCGACUCCGCAAUCAAGCGGCCAGAACGCGGCUUUCAGCAACAUCCUUUCGACUGCGUCUCCACCACCAGGCAGCGCGUCGACCCCGCUCGGUAGCAUCGCUUCUCCCAAGCCCACAGGCUAUCAGCCCUCUGGACCGAAUUACUUUCAAUCAGUGCAGGUUGCGAGCCAAUCCACUGGUGGCUCUUUCAGCUCGCAAGUCAAGUCGCCUGGAGCAGGUCAAAUUGGCGCAAAGCCUGCGGCCAAGUCGGGAGGUGGUGAUGCUUUUGCUAGUCUGCUGGGAGGCGCUGGACUCAAAAGCAAGGGGCCUGCGCAGAAGGGUCCAACCAUUGCAGACAUGGCGAAGCAGAAAACUCAGGCUGGUCUGUAUGGAGCCAAUGCGCCAGCUGCUGCUGCUCCGGCAACUUCUGCUCAACCAAAGCCCAGUACUGGCAGUAGCGGGCUGGACGAUCUCUUGGGUUAGAUAG